UUGGCUUUCCGGUUUCCGCAAAGCAGCACUCAGCUGUCACUGGCCUCUGAGAGCGCGUAGGCGUAGGCGCGGCGCACGGGAGCGCGAUGUACCUCUGCUGGGACACCAACCGCCCAGGACCUCUGCGCCGGAGGCCGGCUGGCCGUGGCGGUGCGGAGCUGCGACAGGCGGCCUCCGGGGAGCGCCACUCCCUGCUGCUGCUGAGCAACGGCGAAGUGCACUCGUACGGGGACAACAGCCACGGCCAGCUGGGGCAGAGGGCCGUGCAGCGCCAGGAGCAGCCAAAACGAUUACGGGCAUUGGAAACUCUACGUGUUGAUCUCGUGAGCUGUGGAAAGGAACACUCUCUUGCUGUCUGUUACAAAGGAAGGGUCUUUGCAUGGGGGGCUGGUUCUGAAGGGCAGCUGGGAAUUGGAGAAUUUAAGGAAAUAAAUCUUAUACCUAGGAAGAUAAAAACUCUGACUGAUAUAAAAAUUAUACAAGUUUCCUGUGGACACCACCACUCCCUGGCAUUAUCAGAAGAUGGCCGGCUGUUUGCCUGGGGAAGUAACAGCCACGGGCAGCUGGGCCUGGGGAAGGAGUGCCCCUCCCAAGCCAGCCCGCAGAGGGUGCGGUCCCUGGACGGCAUCCCCCUCACUCAGGUGGCUGCAGGUGGGGCGCACAGCUUCGCCCUGUCUCUCUCGGGGGAUUCGUUUGGCUGGGGAAGCAACAGGGAAGGGCAGCUGGCCCUGCUGCGUAAGAAGAACGUCCCAGUGGUGCAAAGCUCCAAGCCUCGUUCAGUUGGUGCGCUGAAGAAUCUAGGUGUGGUUUACAUCAGCUGUGGUUAUGAACACACUGCGGUGCUUACCCAGACUGGGAAAGUGUUCACAUUUGGAGGCAAUAGCUAUGGACAGCUGGGAUACAGCCCUACUGCUGAGAAGGAAGGGCCACAGCUCGUGGAAGGAAUUGAUGGCCUAGUUUCACAGAUAGAUUGUGGAAGUUACCAUACUCUUGCAUAUGUCUACACCACUGGAAAGGUAGUGUCUUUUGGUCGUGGACCAUGUUGCAAAAGCAGCCCAAUUCAUCCAGAGGCUCCGACAGAAAACUUUACCUGCCUGAUUUCUGCUGAUGACCUUGUGGAUUUUGAAGUCAAACAUAUUUUUGCUGGAACACAUGCCAAUUUUGUGACAACUUGUCAGGAUACCAGUUCUACAGAUGUUCCCAGGAAAAUCCUGCCAGAAAUAAGACAAAUUAGCCAGUCCCUGAUAGAAAAAUGGAUAGCAUCAGCAGCAAGAAGCCCUGAACGCGAAGUGGCUAAGAGCGAAAUUGCGAUGAUAUUUUCAUCUCCUGCUUGUCUGACUGCAAGUUUUUUAAAGAAAAGAGAAUCUGUAGAAACGAUUUCCAUUGAUGUGGACUUACAAAAGGCAAGAGAUACCUUCGAGAAGUUAACCAAAACAGAAUGGAUUUCUCUCAUGAUAACUACAUGUCUCAGGGAUAAUCUGCUGAGAGCUCUCCCAUGUUGUUCUUCUCACCAAGAAGCAUUACUAGUUUUCCUUCUGCUCCUAGAAUGUCCUGUGAUGCAUGAUUCUAGGAACUGGUGGAGUCUGGUGGUUCCAUUUGCCAAAGCUGUUUGUAAGAUACGAAAAUCACAAGUUCUGAAGCAGUGUUUGGCAUCUUUGCAAGAAUCUUCUUUCAACAAAAUGAUCCAGAUGCUUAAAACUGCCAUUAUCUCCCAGCUGUAUCAGUGGACUGAAACCAGUCAGAGUUACUGCAGUCUUAAAGCUUUUCUAGGAAUGAUGAAAGAAGUACAUAAGGUAAACACAGCUAACUGUCGACUACCAGAAAAUACUUUCAUCAUAGAUGAAUUCCCCAGUGCGGUGAUCUUUCAUGAAAGUACAAGAAGACUGUUCUUUCGGGAUAACAACCUGAUACCUGCAGAAAACCUCAGCCCCAUUAUUUUCAGUGAUUUUCCAUUUAUUUUUAAUUUGCCAUGCAAGAUUCAAUUAUUACGAGCUGAGUCCCAUUUGAAAAUGCUGGACUUAAAACAGAGAGAAUACCUGGAUCAGGGGCAAGGAAUUCUUCAGUUCAAUCAACCCCUUCCAUUUAAAGUCAGACGAAGUCACCUAGUUGAAGAUGCUCUGCGUCAGUUAAACCAAGUUGAAGACACCAACCUCUGUAAAGGAUUAGUGAUUGAAUUUACUAAAGAAAUACGUUCUCCAGGGUACGGGGUGAUAGCUGAGUUCUUCUACUAUAUAUUUGAAGAGAUGACCAAGACAGAAUAUGGAAUGUUCAUAUAUCCUGAAGAAGGUUCUUACAUGUGGUUUCCUGUCAGUCCUGUAUUUGAAAAGAAGAGGUAUUUCCUUUUUGGGAUCCUGUGUGGACUCUCCCUAAACAACUCAAAUGUUGCCAACCUUCCUUUUCCACUGGCUCUGUUUAAGAAACUUCUGGGCCAAAAGCCAUCAUUGCAAGAUUUAAAAGAACUCAGUCCUCUUCUGGGAAAGAAUUUGCAAGUUCUAAAUAAUGAAGCUGAUGACAUUGGAAAAGAACUUUACAUAUACUUUUCUAUACACUGGGACAAAAAGGAUGUUGAUUUAAUUCCAAAUGGGAUCUCUGUACCUGUGGACCAAAGCAACAAGAAAGAAUAUGUUUCUGCAUGCAUUGAUUACAUUUUUGACAUCUCUGUAGAGGCAGUUUAUGAGGAAUUUCAGAGAGGAUUUUAUAAAGUCUGUGACAAGGAAAUACUUGUUAAACUUUUCCAGCCUGAAGAACUGAUGGCAGCAGUGGUUGGAAAUACUGAUUAUGACUGGAAGCAGUUUGAAGAGAAUUCACAAUAUGAUCAAGAAUACCACAAAUCACAUCCAACUAUACUGAUGUUUUGGAAAGCUUUCCACAAAUUAACUCUGGAGGAAAAGAGAAAAUUCCUCUUUUUUCUUAGGGGAAAUGACAGACUGCCUCUAAGAGGCAAACAGCAAAUGGGAAUCACAUUUCGCUGUCCUGAAACUUUCCGUGAAACAGAUUACCCAAGAGCGCUGACCUGUCACAAUAUUCUGGACUUUCCUAAAUAUUCUACAAUGGAAAAAGUGGAGGAAGCCCUUCAAGUAGCCAUCAACAGCAACAGAGGAUUUGCCUCUGUCCAAGUCACAGAGCAACAGUGAUCCUUCGAGUUUCAGUGAGGCCUCAGAGCCUUAAGCCCUCAUCCUUCGACUCUUUUGUUCUUCCUUAGGUCUAAGUAGCACAAAGUGUUGACAAGUUUUAGGUAGAAUUAGUUGACAAAUGUUGGGAUAAACAAUAAAAUGAUGAAUCAAGAGGGAUUAAAAAAAGUGAUUUUUAAAAAUGAAUCAACAUUUCUUGAUCCCUAAAUUUGUUAUCAGAAUGUUUGUUUUUUUACCAAAUUAUUCCUGAACAAUAAUUAAU